AUGACACAAGAUCAAACAUUAGAUAUUAAUGUUUAUUCACAAACAACGAUUCCCAAUUCGUUGAAUGAAUUGAUGGAUAAUCAUGGAAAACUUCAACAGAUUUCACAGUAUUGUAAGGGUGCGUAUGCUGGUGCUGAAACUGCCAACAUCUACGACCAAACCCAAUCCUAUGCCAAGAACGCUCUCAUGAAUGUUGCAUAUCACAUUCAAAACAUUGGUACUCAUCUAACAACUCUUCUCCAGCUACAAGCAAGUGAAGUUGAGAAAAUCGAUCUAAAAGUUAAAUAUUUAAAUCAAAGAGUUGAAAUGAUUCAUGAAUCAACAGGUGUCAAUGUUUUCAAGGCACCGACUGCAGCUAAACAAUAUAAGAGCACUCUGAAGGAUCGUCAGAUCGAGGUCGAGGAUAUCAGGCCACCAGCUAAAUUCGUUAGAAAGCAAGUCGCCUACUCUAUUGGCGGAGAUGGUAUCGCUCCAAAUAACAAUAGCAAUGGCGGUGGUGCAUCGCUUUCACACAGCCAGCAAUUGUCUCACUCUUCGUCGGCACCAUCGUCUCCACCCAUUGGAUCGACACCACCACCUCCACCACCAUCGUUAUCGUCUUCACAACAACAUCAACAACAACAACACUCACCACCCUAUCAAACACCACCACCACCAGGUGUCAGCAAGCGUACUUCAAUGGCACCACCACCACCCGCUCCACACAGUCUCGACGUGCCAGCACCACCACGUCCCGUUCGACCAACACCCACACAAAAUGGACACGCAAUUCCACCACCACCCUCCAACUUUGACCUUCCACCACCACCACCCUCUAACUUCCCACCACCACCACCACCCUCGAACUUUGACCUUCCACCACCACCACCCUCGAACUUCCCACCUCCACCACCACCAAUGUUUGACUUCCCACCUCCACCACCACCCAACUAA